AGAGAUGUGACUGCGUUACUUGUUCAUUUCACUAGGAACGCGCGAUGUGAACUGGUCUUCAUCCAUAGUAGCCUGGAGCAACACCGGCUCUGCUCCUUGGUCAUACAAUCUGACUUGUGAGGGGUGUUUCUACUAUACCUUUCGCAAUAGACUAAUCUCCAUUAGCAGAAGAGCAACCCCUCACAUAUUGCGCAGAAAGCGCAUAUAUCCAACUAAAUGAAUUAGUAGGUUAUGCUAGCAGCUAGUAGUAGUAGCGUAAAUGUGAGUGUUGGUGGCUAAAUACUCCGCAGGGUUAUUGGCUUGCGCAGCAUUCACCGCCUAUAAUAUCGAAACUAUUCUGCCGCCGAAAAAUAAGUUGCAGCUUCUUUCCCACGACCAACAAGAACGACCAGAUCGGGAAAUCCAAUUAUUCCCCUCGUUAUACAAUCUUCCCUAUCAGCUGGUUGAAUCCGCCCGUGGAUUAUUCUCAUUUGAAAAUGGCUCCAGCCGCAGCUGCAGCUGCGCAACCGACCACGUCUCUUACUCUGCCCCCCUCACAGUUCGCGCGGCUUCAACCUCACGCUUACCUUCUUGCCCACUUAUCACCUCCCCCAUCGAGCAACCAACCAUCUAUCCGAGCCAAUGGCCGUGCCACUUCACAGUUCCGUGUUACGUCUGCCAAUACGGGCUCCUUGACCCAUACGAAUGGCAGUGCCGUAGUGAGACUCGGCGAUACCACUGCCGUAUGCGGUGUUCGCGCGGAAAUCCUGCACACAGAAGACAUUGCAUCGUGGAGCGUAUCCCGACCACCACCAGCAUCAUCAUCAUCCACUCCAGCAAACAAGCGCCGCAAGCUAACGGAUCCUACGGCCAAGCCAAGCGAAACGCCCGACGACAAUAAUGAAGAGGACAACGAUGAAUCACACAUUCAAGACUUCAACCUUUUAGUGCCUAACCUCUCCCUGAGCACCGGGUGCGCGCCAGGCUUUAUCCCAGGCGCACCUCCCUCGGCAUUGGCACAGUCGCUGUCCCACCAAAUUCUCACAUUGUUGCACAGCACACGACUGGUCCGUGCGGAGGACCUACGAAUUUGGUAUCAACCGCCGAAUCUGGGGCCUGAGGAACUAGAACGUCACAAUGAAAGCGAACAGAUGGAUGUAGAUGCACCCCAGGGAGAAGCUGGCGCCGAGAAAAACAGGGAGAUUAAGGCUUUCUGGGUGCUUUAUAUUGAUGUUAUGAUUGUUUCGCUGGCUGGUAAUCCCUUUGAUGCUGCUUGGGCGGCUGUCCUUGCCGCGCUGCGGGAUACCAAGUUGCCCCGGGCGUGGUGGGAUGUUGAUAACGAAAUGGUGGUAUGUUCAGACGAUAUCUCGGAGGCGCGCAAGCUAUCUUUGCAGGGGCUGCCUGUCUCGAGCUCGUUCGCUGUUUUCGAGGCUGAUGCGGCUUCUGGGUGGAGAGCUGAGGUCAUUCCAGAUGCUGAAGAGGAGAGGGAGCUUGAUGACAGCUCUAGGAAGGGGAACCAACGGAGGUGGAUCCUGGCCGAUCCCGACGGUUACGAGGAAGGGCUGAGCCAGGAGAGAGUCUGUGUUGUAGUUGACAAAGAGCAGGGCGGGAAAGGGAAGACUGUUGUUGUGAAACUGGAAAAGAAUGGCGGAUGGGCUGCGGACGCCAAAGAGCUGAAGGCUCUAGUAGACAUAUCCGCUCAAAGAUGGGAAGAUAUAAAACAAAUUCUUGAGCAGUGCUAGAACUACCAUCUGAUUAAAACAAAUAGUGAAGGUUACGGUUAAUGAUACCAAUUGAAAGAUUCGUGUUCAUGUAUGUCUUUCUUUAUGAUUACAGCUG